AAAUUGCAGUUGUUUUUUUUUCUCAAAUUGUAAUUGUCUUGCUGUCAAAAUUGCCAAAUUCAUAUUUUCAAAGAAUUUUCUCUUCCCUCGCAAAAUUAUGGUAAACUUAGUCUUUAAUUUUUAUACGCUGAGUAAUUAGUUAAACAAGCGACAACAACAACAACAGUGAAUACAAGCACAGUGAACCGAACCCAAAAGGUGAUAGAGAGAGAGGGAGAGAGGACAUUACUCAUUGCCCAUUGGUCAUUCAUCCUUCUUUCGAUUGUUCGCAGUGUGCGUGUUGCGAGUGCGUGUGUGUGCGUCUGUUGCUUCAAGCACAAACAUUGUUGUUAUUUCUCCACUGUGAUCUUGCAAAGCAAGCGUUCUCUCUCUAUCCGUCGCCCCCCCUCCCAGCCACCACAGCAUGUCUAGGCGCGGUGCCGUAAUACUGAGCACAGCGAGUCUGCUCCUGCGUCGCGCACCCGCGAGUCGCUUCAGGCAUGGAGGACUGCGGCUAACGCCGCCGGUCACAACAUCUUUUGCACUGAUGCACAGAAAUUUCUCAUCGUCAUCGCAGUCGGAUGAUGAGGGGAAAAAGCAGGAGAAGCACAAAAAGGGAACGUCGCCGUCAUCGCUGAGUGAGGUCUCGCAGGGUGACGAGACGACACAGAAGAAGCAGCAGCAGCAACAGCCACAACAGCCAGAGACUGAAGUUAAAGUCGUGUGGGAGUAUCCAAAUGAUAGUAAACUUCCAAAGAAAUCUUACCAGCAUAUGGAAAUCGCGCAUAGACUUGGCGAUGAAGUCGCCAUCAGAGUGGCGAAGUUCCGAACAAAUCAGAAGCACAAACAAAUGCUCGCCAAAUACGAGGCACAUAGAAAACAGAUGGAACUGGAAUUGGAAAGGGAGAAACAAAGAAUAGAAAUGAAAAUGAAAGCUGAGCAGAAAUUGAAUCCAAAUGUUGCAGCGCCGCCUGCAAAGGAAGCGACGAAUGCGACUCAAAAGCCAGACGGAUCCGUGAAAGUUGAGAAAAAGCAAAAAUCCGAAACGCGUAAUGAUGUUUUACUGGAGUAUGUGAAUGGCAUGCCCCAAUUGACAAUUCGCCUGCCCAGUCGAAAUGAGCUAUGCCAGUUUGCCCUCAAGCCCAUCUCCCACACCGUGGGCCAUCUUUUGGCCAUGCUAAGAGAGGAGGAUCGCGGCAUCGAUCGGGCUGCCAUCAUCAACAAGCAUGGCGUGCGUAUUGCCUCCUCCUGCACCAUUGAGAGACUGCUGGAUGAUGAGUUUAGCAUACAAAUCAACAAUCGGACACUUGGCGUGCAGCCACCGCAACGUGAGAAGAUCACCAUGGAGACGGUUGAUAAAAUGAGCGAUGUGCGCAAGAUCAUAGGACAACUGUACGAGGCUUUCAAUGUGGGUGAAUAUCAGCUGGAAAAGAGUAAUCAAUUGGCCAAGGAACUGGAGAGUCUACGCUAUGAACUAGAGCCACUUGAGGAGAAAAAAAUGGAGCUUGCCAAGCGGGCUGAGCGACGCACCAACAUGAUGACUUGGAUGGGUCUGGGUCUGAUGUCGGUGCAAUUUGGCAUUUUGGCGCGUCUGACUUGGUGGGAAUACUCUUGGGAUAUUAUGGAACCUGUGACCUAUUUCGUCACCUAUGGCACCACAAUGGCCAUGUACGCCUACUAUUGUGUAACCAAGCGCGAAUACAUCAUGGAGAAUGUGUAUAAUCGUGAGUACACACUGAGCAUUUAUCGGAAUGCCAAAAAGCAGCAGUUCGAUGUAGAGAACUACAAUCGUCUGAAGCGCCGAACUGCAGAGUUGGAGUAUAAUCUGAGACGCCUCAAUGAUCCUAUCAACAUGGAACUGCCGGCCCAUUUGGUGCGCACCCAAUUGGACACACCGCCCACCGAUGAGAGCAACUCGUCGUCGGUCAAGAGCCAAGUGAAAAGUACUUAAGAUCCCCUUCCUUCUAGACCGCGCGUAGCAAACAGUUAUGCGACUAUACGUAAAGGGUAGAAGAAGAGAAAUGAUGUAAGCAUAUAGCCGCCUAUUAUAUAGAAAAUGAAACUCAAAUCUACAUUUAAACACUCGCGCUCUCGCUCGCCCUAUCAAUCAACCAAUCAAUCAGUCAGUCAAUCAGUGAAUGCAACUAUUAACUUUUCGCUGAGCCAAUGUUUAUCGCACAAAAAAGUACAGUGAUCAAAAUUGUAGUCAACGUUUUCAUAGUUUGUAUUGAUAGUUAUGUCGAUAAAUGAAUCUAAAUAUGUUUUGCCAAUAACUGUGUGUGCGUUUACUUUAUGGUACUGCAAUCCUUUUUUGUUUAACCGAAUGUUUAGUUAUGUAUAAUUUUAUGUUUAAUAUGUAUUCCUAAUCGGCACAACCAACAAUUGACGACGCACUUGGAUUGCCGACACGGGUAUUUGCUUAAUUCUUAUUUUAUUAUUAUCAUUAUUAUUUAGUUAUUUAUUUAGUCAAAAAUAUUUGUUUGUAAAAGCUCAAAAACUCAUUUUGUGUGUUACGUGCAAAGUUCUAGUGAAAUAUAUGAAUUAUUUAUUGAUGA